UAAAUGAUUUAUUGUUAAUCCACACUAAUUUAGAAUGAGAUUAAAGUUAAUUGUAGUUAAAUUAUGCUAAUGAAUUGAAGAGACGCCCAAAUUGUCAUCAACUCACUUUUCAUCUUGCAGUCAAUGAAAACCACAUUGUCUUUUGUUUUCACUUUUAAUUAUACAGUUUCAAGUUUCUGUUAAAUUAACUAAAUUACCUUGAAUUAGAUUGUUUCAUUUUAAUCAUCAUUCAGAUUCAACUUUUCCAUUCAAAUUGUUGGAUCCUUUGUGAUGGCAACAAUUAACUAGUUACCUUUUUGUUUACAUUUCAGUCAAACAAAACACUUACCUUUCCAAUUGAGUUGUGGCUUUUUCCCAAUCGGAUAUUUAAUUUAUUUACUUUAUCACAAUCAUCUCUCGUUGUUUAAUUACCUUAAUAAAAUGGAUGUUCUUAAAACUCUUGGUCUUGCUUUCUACCAUUGGAUUGAAGCGAUUAUUUUGUUCUUUGUCCCUCGACAAUUACGACUUAAGGAUAUCUCUAAAGAUGUUGUUCUAAUCACUGGAGCAGGAAACGGAAUUGGUAGACUUUUAGCUCUUAAACUUGCCAAUGAAGUGGAAUCUCUGGUUCUCUGGGAUAUUGAUGAGCAUCGGCUUCAAGAAACUGGUCGAGAGGUUACCAGAAUCGGUGGAAAGUGUAAAUGUUAUGUUGUCGAUAUUUCCGAUAGGAACAAAGUUUAUUCAACUGCUGAGAAAAUUAAACAAGAUGUUGGUACAGUUUCAGUGGUGAUCAACAAUGCUGGUAUUGUCUCUGGUAAACCGAUCCUUGAAUUGUCCGAUGAAGCCAUUUUGAAGACAUUUGAAGUCAAUGUUUUCUCUCAUUUCUGGAUAAACAAAGCUUUUCUUCCUGGAAUGAUGGAGAAAAAUAAAGGUCACAUCAUCACCAUGGCUUCAGUUGCUUCUUUUGUUGGUUCAGAUCGAUUAACUGAUUACUCUGCUUCCAAAGCUGCUGCUUACAUGUUACAAGAGGCUCUUUUCUUGGAACUUGCCACCGAUGGUUAUGAUGGAAUCAAAGUUACCUCAGUUUGCCCUUAUUUCAUCGACACUGGAAUGUUCCAGGGGGUUCAUGACAAGGUUAUUCCAAUGUUGAAACCUGAUUAUGCUGCGGAUAAGAUCAUUGAAGCUUAUAGAACUGAUCAAUUCCUUAUUGUUUUACCAAGAUUUUUCUACUUCAUGAAUACUAUCAAAACCAUAAUUCCAGCAAAAACUGGCUUUUAUCUUUAUUCCUUGUUGGGUGGACUUUCAAUGAUGAAAACUUUCGCUGGUCGAAAUAAUAACGUUGAUAAUGGAAAAGUGAAAAGUAAUUAAAUCAAUAGAAAACAACAACAAUCAACUAUCAUCUCAAUUUGUAUCAUCAAGCUAAAGAAACUAAGUUAGAUCAACAUCAAAUUUACUCUUGACUAACAAUCAUUUAGGAAAAAUGAUUAACUGUAAAGUUUUUUUUUCUUAUCUUGAUUGCUCAUCAUCAACUUUAAUUCCUUCCUCAAACUUUCAAUGCUCAUUAAAUUGUUAAAAUUUCAUAAUUAUUAAUAAAAACAAAACUCAAUGGGUGUUUGGAAAUCUAUUUAUCACCUUGAAAAA